AUCGCUCGAGCGUCUUCUUCUUCUUAUUUGAAGGAAGGAGGAAAGGCACACGACGAUGAGCAACGGGCACGACGCGGCCGAGGCGCUGCUGCAGGGGAUCGAGCGCGAUGUCCAGAGCGGCCGAGUCGAGCGCCCAGGCGAGGGGGCAGGCCGGUAUCGGGACCGGGAACGAGAUCGAGACAGGGACAGAGACAGGGACAGAGACAGAGACAGAGACAGAGACCGGGAGAGGAGCGGCGGAGACUACCGCAGGCGCAGGGACGACGGGGACUAUGAUCGAAGGAGGGAGUAUGACUACGGACGGCGAUCAGGCGGGUCGUCGCGGCGCGAUCCCUACGACUACUACGGCGGCGGCGGCGGCGGCAGUGGUGGUGGCGGUAGUGGUGGCCGGGGAGGGUACUACGACGACUACUACGGAGGCGGGGGCAGGAGUGGAGGCGGGUAUCGCGACGACCACCGCGGAGGACGAGGAAGCGGUGGAGGAGGAGGAGGAGGAUGGCGUGACUCUGGUCCGCGAGAGCCGAGCCCCGUGGUCAAGAGGAGCCCGACACCCGAGGGGACGAUUCCCAUCAGCCAGCAUGUGCGCAAGAAGUCCAUGUGGGAUGUCGCGCCCCUGGGAUACGAGGGCAUCACCCCCAGCCAGGCCAAGGGCACGGGCAUCUUUGGCAUUCCCGGCCAGACACGCACGCUGGGCAUGCCCCUCUCCUCGAUGGGAGGGGCAGCCGGCGGUGCUGGUGGUGGUGCUGGUUUGCCUGGUGGAGAGCUGCCCCCGAUCCAUCUGGGCGCCGGCCUGCGCCCCGGCGGUCUCCUGGCGCCCGGUGCGAGCCAGACGAACCGGCAGGCGCGGCGGCUGUACGUGGGCAACAUCGGGUCCGAGUGCGACGAAAAGACGAUCUGCGCCUUUUUCAAUGCGCGCAUGGCCGAGAUGGGCUUCGCCACCGACGUGGGCGACCCGGCGAUGAAUGCGCAGGUCAACAUGGACAAGGGCUACGCGUUUGUCGAGUUCCGCAGUGUCAACGAGGCCACGCGCGCCAUGUCCUUUGACGGCAUCGUCUUCCGCGGCCAGAGUCUCAAGAUUCGCCGACCAAAGGACUACGUCGGGCCUGACAUCCAGCCGGCGCAUCUCCAAGUGCACGUGCCGGGUGUCAUCUCGACGAACGUGCCCGACUCGAUGAACAAGAUCUUUGUGGGGGGUUUGCCCACCUACCUCGACGAGGAGCAGAUCGUGGAGCUGCUCAAGGCGUUUGGCGAGCUGCGCAGCUUCAACCUCGUGCGCGAUGCCUCGACAGGCGCAUCCAAGGGCUUUGCCUUUUGCGAGUACGUCGACGCCAGCCUCACCGACGUCGCCUGCCAGGGCCUCAACGACAUGGAGGUCGGCGACCGCAAGCUCGUCGUCCAGCGCGCCUCGGUCGGCCAGGGCGGCAGCGGGCCUUUGCCUGGUGGAGGAGCAGGAGCACCACCGCAGGCCCACGAUCCACAGCAGCAGCAGCGACCGGGCGAGGCGCUGCUGGCCGCGGGGCCUGGCGAGCCGACGCGCGCCAUGACGCUGCUCAACAUGGUCACGCCCGACGAGCUGCUCGACGACGAAGAGUACGGCGACAUUGUCGAGGACGUGCGCGACGAGUGCGCAAAGUACGGCACCGUCGUCGAUGUCCGCAUCCCGCGGCCCCACGCGCGCAGCAAGGCCUCGGCCGCCGCCUCGUGGAAGCGAUCUACUACCACCGCUGCUGCUGAGGGUGGCGGCCAGGGAGGCGAGGACAAGGACAAGGAGCGCGAGGGCGUGGGCCGCGUGUUUGUGCGCUACGAAAAUGUAGACGAGUGCAAGGCGGCCAUUGGCGCCAUUGCUGGGCGCCAGUUUGCCGGCCGCAUCGUCAUUGCUGCCUUUGUCAGCGAGGAAAACUUCCCGGCCGACGAGGACGGCGGCAAGGACGCUGGCGAGACGACGGCCCAGGCCACGGGUCCCGCUGUGGCGCAGGAGGCGUCCUGAGGAGGAGGCGUCCUUUUGAAGAGGAGGAAGAGCAGGCGGCGUCCUGAAGAGGAACAACAAAAAGGACGUCCUGAGACAGUCAAGUCACACACACGUAUGAAGAAAACCAUCGCAAUUACAUCCACACACAAGAAAAGAAGAGAAAGUAGAAAACAGAAGCGAGAGACCGUGUUGAAGUAAGACGAGAGGGACUUUUGAGAAAG